AUGGCCAUCAUUUUCCUCACGUCGGGUCUGAGCAUCCCACGCCAGAAAUUGUUCACGCAUCUUCUAAACUGGCGUCUUCACUUCCUUGUCCAAGUCUUCUCAUUCAUUUUCAUUCCAGCGCUCACACUUGCGGUUGUUCAUAUCAUAUUGGCGGGUGAUCCGCAUGGCCAUAUCGACCGGGCCGUGCUGGCGGGCUAUAUCUUCACCGCUUGUAUACCGACUACUAUCGCUUCGAAUGUCGUGAUGACUCGAUCAGCCGGCGGAGAUGAUGCAGCUGCUCUGGUUGAGGUUGUCAUUGCCAAUUUCCUAGGUCCCUUCAUCACGGCCGGUUGGACUAUCACUUUGCUGCCAACUACCGCUGAAUUCGAUCCAUGGAGGCAAGCGAGCGGAGAUUUAAGUGAGAUGUACAAAGAUGUAUUCAGACAGUUGGGCCUUAGUGCACUUUUGCCCUUGGUAAUAGGACAGCUGGUGCGUUGGGCCUGGCCAGAGCAGACGGAACGGGUGAUGCAGAAGUAUCGUAUCUCGAAGCUGGGAUCCGCUUGUUUACUGCUGAUUGUUUGGAUGACAUUCUCCUCCUGCUUCGCCACAGGAGCACUUCAAACUCUUUCUGUGCAAAGUGUCCUGUUCGUGGUCUUCUUCAACAUCGCUCUGUACAUUGCCCUCACUGCCGUAUGUUUUGUCCUUUCACGGCCACCGGAAGUACUGUCGGCCAAUAGGUUCCGCAUGCGACGCAUAUUCAAGCGCAUAACCCCCGAGGAGACGAUCGCAGUAUGUUUCUGUGGUCCCGCAAAGAGCACCGCGCUGGGAAUUCCCCUGUUGUAUGCCAUGUGGGCCCCAGUGGACCUGUACACCAAGGCAAGGACCUCGGUCCCUGUGUUGCUGUAUACGACGGAGCAGAUCUGUAUAGCACACUUUGUUGUUCAUGCCCUGCAAAGGUGGCAUAAGAAUCUAAACAAGAAAGGGGAUGUUGAGACAAUCGGCGACCAUGUUAGUUCUUCCAGAAUGACUGUGCUUUCGCUUGCGGACGAACCGUCAGACCAGAAAGGCGUGGGUAGAUGCAAGACAGUCCAAUGA